GCAGCCUUCAUGCUAUAAAGCAUUUACAUCGCUAUAUGUCUCUUUGACAUUUUUUGCUUAACUUUUCUUUUAAAAUUUAUCAAUGUAAUUAAAAUCUGAUAUAAUAAUUUAUGUGUAUGUUAUUUCCUGAUAUACAUGAUAGUUGUUAUCUUUACACAGCUGGCACGCGUUAUUAUUGCAUAGAUUUAAUUUACAUUUUCUUUCUUAUAACAAUAUUUUUUAUAAGUAAAGCCUCGAUAAUUAAGUACAAGGAAAAAAUGUUUAAUAUGAAAUUUGAAGAAGAAAUUGAAAAAAGAACGCACGAAAAAUUCAAGCGUGUAAAAGAAGAUUCUGUUCCGAGAGAUGGAAAUCUAAAAGAAGUAAUUAGCAAAACAACUGAGGCAAAAGAAAAGAAACAAAGCAAAAAAGCAACAAUUUCGAAAUUGUUUUUCGAAGAUAGAAGUUCUAAUUUGGAUCUUGAUGAAUCUACUGAAUAUGAUGAAUACGAAGAAGAUAUACACAUCUUGAGAACAUUAAAACCUUCACGUUUAAAACUAUUGCUACGCAAAUGGAAUGCAGCACAGUCAAAGUUUCAAGAAGCUGCAGUCAUGACGAGAUACGCACGCACAGCAGAAGAGAAACAGGAAGCGGCGUCUGCGGCCGCUGAAGCCGAAGAAAUAAGAUUGCAGAUGAUCAAAGAUAUGCAAGAAGAGAUUCGGUUAGAGAAGUAUAAUACAGAGAAACAAAUUGUGCUUGAGGAUCAGGAAGCAGCGAUGCGCGACGUUCAAUUAAAAGAGACGUGGAAUUUACUUCAUAAUUAUAAAAGUGCGUUUAUGGAGUAUGUAGUUGACACCGAAGGCGAAGAAAAUUGGAUUAGAUACAUGAUUUGUGACGGAUUGCCAGACCCCGGUAGUUUAUCCAAAAUGAAUACUUUCUUAUUUUUGUGGUCGAUGGAAAACGAAGAGAUUAAUAUAAAUAAUAUUGCAACGAAAUACGAUAUUGUUAGCAAUCUAUUAACAAAACUCGAAGAAAUAAUAAAUUUCUCUAUAACGACACCGUUUGCAUACAUUGACGAAUGUAAGGCGAUCAAACAACGAUUUCGCGACAAGCUCCGUGAAUGGAUAGACGCAGCGUGUUAUUCGCUCUUACGCCAAAUAGACAGAGAUAUGGUUCACGAAAGCAUAAAAACAGCGAGAUAUACAAAUGUUUCUAAUCAAAUUAAAUGUUUCAUUUGGGUUUUAAUAAAAAUGCCUAUUGCACUCAAACAGAUCACUGAUAAGGAUCGAAAACCAGUUGAGGUACACUUUACGGAAAUAGAUUUAACUGUCAAGAUGCCUGUAGAUAUUGAUUGUUAUUGUAUGGCAAUUCGCGUGUUGUGGGUAAAAUAUGAUCAUCAUUCCGAUUGCUCAUUUUCGUACUUCAUGCCAAAACUACCGGACGAAUAUGAAGGCAUGUACACAACAGAUUUUUUUACCUAUUGUCAAAACGAAUACAAAACGAAAUUGAAGAUACGUGAAGAACAGAUUGAGGGUCGUCGUCUGAGAUUAGAGGAAAAGAAAGCCGCGCUUGAGAGAAUAGAAAAUCCGCCUCCUCUGGUGCUUGCAAAACAUGAAAGAAGAGGAAGGCAGCAACAGAAAGUUCAAUUGAAGCGUCCAGAACAGGAGCCGGAACCGUUACCGUAUUUGCCUACACCGGAAGAACUUAUUAUACAAAGAGAGGACGAAGCUCGAAAGGAAAUCAGAAAGCUGUUGUUCACGCGAUGCGAGAAGACGGAGAUAAAUUUGCGAAAAUAUAGAAUACUCGGCGGUGUAUUAUAUAUCGAUUUAAUUUACCAACCACCACAACCAAAAGAUCUGAAAAGAAAUAUUCUGCUCACCACGUUGCAAAUUCCGAAAAAAAUGGAAUUUGUUCCGUUUCACCGACCGUAUAAAGCGCCACCACCAGCGCCUGAUAAUGAGAGAACACCGGAAAUAAUCGAAGCAGAAAUGAAAGCUCUAGAAGCCGCAAUGGAAGAACUAGUUCUAGUAACUUUAAAACUUCCCAGCUUCAUUAUUUGGUUUGAACCACCACUGGUGGCACACUGGAUUUCCGAGAGAAAGAUAUGGUCUACACAAGACGUACAUGACAUUAAAUAUAAUGAGGAAAAGCAAACUAUUACCUUUAGAUCGGGCAGACUAGGUGCCCAUGGCCUCGCUGCUUUUAAGUUUAUUAAUAUUCCUUUUCAAAGUUGGGAACUAAAGCCCGAAAUGGGUAAAAACGCACGAGGUGGUAUUGUGCUCAAUGUGACUGCUGCUAUUGUUCAAGCAGAAUUUAUAGUCAGGGAGGAUCUAGUUUGUCUGAAUUCGCUGAUUGGUGGUACGUCGACAAUACUAAAAGAAAUUACUGGACAAUAUAUGAAACUACAUUUAUUGAUUGAGAAAAUGCGAGACGCCGGAUGCGAUCUAUUUCCAGAACGUGAUGCUUUUAGUUAUGUAAAAGCUCUUCCGGUAAAGCAUUCGGUAACUGAAAAACAUCUACGGGAAUGCAUGGCUUUACUUUGCACCGCAUACACAUUUUCUUGGUCACGAUGGAACGCCAAUCGCAGUUUUAGAGAAAUUGUGAUACAGUUCAAAGAAUUGCACGGAUGCGUGGCAAAAGAGCGAACAAACUCAACUCUUUUAGUAACCGCGUUACGAACGACUGUGAUAAACUGCACUGAAGUGAGCUCAGAAUUUUCUGAUGUACCUAUAGAAGAUAAAACUUCGAAAUUUUAUGCUGAUCUCUAUAACUUGGCUCUACAAAAUGCCGGAAUCAAAAGUCGACUUCUGAUGAAAAGUAUCUCUUUCAAACUCGCUGUCACUGUCGCAGAACUUCUAGGUCGCACUAAUGUAAUCAACAUGUCAUCUUAAAAUUUGCAGAUUUUAUAAAUAAUCAUUUUUGUAGAUCUCAG